GCGGGGGGCAGGAGACCACAGGGCCCCCCUCCCGCCGCGACUACUACGCAGGGACAGAACGAAGAAGAAACCGGUGAGAUGAGAGAGUAUUUUCGUAAGAAGAUUCGGAAACAAAAGUUAGAAGAGGAGAGGCGGGAGAAGGAACUGGAGGAUAGGAGGAGGAGAGAAGAAGAUGACAGGAAGGAAACGGAUAGGCUGAGGGAAGCCGACACGAGGGAAGCUCGUCUAGAAGCUAGAUUGAUCAGGUUGUUAUCGCAGCACACGAAGACGACGAGCGGACCAUCCGUGCAGGUUAAGAAGAAAUCUCCUACCACUAAAGCACGUAUGCUGAAAGAAAUUACGAGCUAUUUGGAGGAAUCUGACGAUGAAAGCGAGGAAGUAAAGCAGGAAGCUGGGAGGUUGAUUGAGGCGAUCGAGAAAAGGAAAGGUAAGAAGAGGAAGGAGGAGCAUGAGAUGAGGAUGUCGAGGGUGCCUAGGAGACGUACCCAGCCCUCUCCAAUCGUCGUGGAGGAACGUGAUGAUGAUGUACGGACCCCGCCCAGCCAUAACCGCGGAGCAGGGGAGAUUCUGGACUUUGCCCUGGAGCUGCAUCGCAAGUUUUCGUCGAAGAAAGUUCCUGAAUUAAGAGAUUUGUGCAACUCGGAAGGCAUCCAGUGGACUAAGCGUGAGACCGCUAUCGGGGAACUAGUGAAGUGCCGAAUGAGACUAGCCUACGAAGAAGAAGCGGCACAUUUGUCACCUUUGGCAGGAAGAUUGACAUUCCAUUGGAACCACAGUUUCGUACCUGUCCAGGUAUCAGAAUCCGAGAUUUUGGCAGAGAUGAAGACUGAGUACAGGCGGAAGGGCCUUGAAGUAACUGCGAUGUGGGGGAAGGGUGGAAAGAUCGGACAGGCCUAUGUGUUACCUAAAGACAAAGACUUGGAGAGAUGGAGACCAAUCUCUCCAGCAGUUCACGAUCCUGCUAGACUAGCAGGUGCUAGGGUGGAACGCGCGAUUAGGUACAUGCUGCUUGGACUGAAUGAGGAUCGUCACUUCGAUCUCAAGUCUAUGGAUGCCCUGCGCGAGAAAUGUGAGAAGAUACAAAGCUAUCUCAGGAAGAAGGAGGGGGACGCAUUGGCCAGGAGCUAUGAUAUCAAAGACAUGUUCGCGAGGUUGUCGCAUCAGGCGGUGCUCGAUGCAGUCAGGUGGAUAAUCGAGUACCAUGUGAACAGAGGGAUGCUGGGUGUACAUGUGAGUAGGCAAGGGAAGAUCUGUACCAUGGCUAGAGUUAGGAGGAAGCAAGAGGGUUUCGUUCUCCUGACAUUCGGCUUGAUCGAGAGAGGAGUGGAGUACGAACUUGAGAAUACCUAUGUGCAGAGCGCUGGAGAAAUUUUGAAGCAGCAGUUCGGGAUACCGAUGGGUCGGAGUUCCAGCCCGGCCUUAGCAUGUUUGGUGUGUGCAAAAGCUUCGAUCGACCCUGUGCUUCCUUUUUCGAGUCUCAGUUUUCAAUGCAUGCUCCUUGUUUCGCCCUUCGCCGAAUGCUGGGUUUUCGCCGGGAGGUGUACUAUCUCACGCGGUGAUCGAAGUAGUAGGAUGUUGGUAGUAGUUACGAGAAGAUGAAGUGAUAACAUACUGAGUUCCUUGCCGCCCGGGUAUGUCAUUCGACGCACUGUAUUUUAGUCAUGUUUCGUUUUUGGGUUAAUGAAGGACUCUUAGUUUA